AUGGCACCCGUCACCCGCUCCGCAGCACGCAACGCUGUCAGCACCACUGGCACCCCUCUCAACGCCCACAAUGCUCCUACUAACUCCGCUACCACCCGACCUACCCACCACUUCACUACUGGCCCAGUCAGAACCGUCGACGAUAACCCAGACUUGGUCCUGGAUAUCAAUGGCCUGAAGGAGGUCAUCAAGGAUGACGAGGACCUGAAGCUCAUCAAGGAAGCUCUCCAAGAUGUUCCCGCCGCCAACAUCGGCGACGUCAAGACUUGGGUCGAAGACGCAGAGCUCAAGGCUCACGUCGCCGACGUCGACGCCGCUCCCGCUGAGCUCAAGAACAGCUUGCUCUCCCGCAGCAAGUCUGGAAUCUAUGACAGCAUCCGCUCCAAGAAGGAAAGCGGCACCUCCACUGAAGAGGCCAACAAGACUGGAGAUUCUCCCGCUGCUGCCGACAAGUGA